AUGGCUGAUUACAAAUGGGAGGUGGGGACAACCUUUGUGGACAAGGAACAAUUUGUUGAUUGGGUACGAACGUAUGCUGUUCAUGCUGGUAGGAACUUGAAGUUUGAAAAAAAUGACAAGGAAAGAGUGCGGCUGGUUGAUAUACGUAAUAAAGCUGCAAGGAAAUGGAAUACAAAGGUGUCAGUUUCAAUGGCUCAUAGGGCAAAGCAACUAGCAGCGAAGGUGGUUGAAGGAUCUUUUAAAGAUCAGUAUAGAAGGAUUUAUGAUUAUGCUCAUGAGAUAAUCAGAUCAAAUCCCGGAUCUACAGUUAAAGUUAAAGUGGAAAAUGCAUGCAAGGACAGCUUUGUCAGCUGUCGACCCAUCAUAGGCCUUGAUGGUUGUUUUUUGAAAGGACAAUAUGGGGGUGAGCUACUCAUUGCUGUAGGUCGUGACGCAAAUGACCAAAUGCUUCCUAUAGCCUAUGCAGUAGUUGAAGUUGAGAACAAAGACACAUGGACCUGGUUUCUGGAGUUGCUGAUUGAGGACCUGGGAGGUGAUGAUGGUUUGCUUCCUGCCAUACAAGACCUACUGCCUGGCGCUGAGCAAAGGUUUUGUAUGCACCAUUUGUACAGAAAUUUCAGAAAGAAGUUUGGAAGCAAGCAACUAAAAAGCUUGAUGUGGAAGGCUGCAACCUGCACGCACCCAAGAGCAUGGGAAAGAGAAAUGCAUAACAUUAAAGAAGUGAACGAGGAAGCAUUCAAAUAUCUAAUAGCAAUACCACCAAGGUUAGUUAGCAAUAUCACUGAUUCUCCACAUUAA